GGCGUUUGGGUGUUGUGGCUGUUGUUGAAUUUAUUUUUACCUCCGGGGUUACGCUACCAACAAAUUAUUCACUUAAUUACUAUAAACAAUUACGAGUUUAUUUAUAUAUUUACAAUUAUAUCUAAUAAUAUCAGUGUUUUUUUUUUUUUUGACUUAUUGGUUAUAUUUUUAAUCAAAGUGUUUCUCCAAGUGGAUAUUAUUUUUCUCAAUGAAACAAAAAAAUAAAAGAGACGGAGUAACAAUGCGAGAUUAUCGUUAAUAUACCGAAAUAUAUAUACAUAUAUAUAUUAAUUUAUAGGAUUAUUCGGUAAAAGAGAGGGCUAAGAGUCAGUGAGAGAGUGAGGGCGAGAGAGAGGGGGAUUUAAAGAGAGCGAGAGAAGGGGCGAGAAAAAAACCGGAAGAGAUCGAAACCCAGUCGAUAACACUGGAGAAAGACGGUGGAGCUUCGGAGGAGGGGGAGAUGUCCGCUGGCACCCAGGGCGAGAUUCGGGUCGGUCCAUCGCACCAGGAAUUGGUUUCUUGUCAGGCCCGUUUGCCUGAUUUCCGGCGGGGUGUGCCAUCAGCAGACCUACCAUCAGAUCAUCCAGAUCACACAAAACAUCGAGAAGAAUUAAGAUGGAGGCCAACGUCACUGGACGGCGAUCUGCUCAUGUAUCUAAGAGCAGCACGUUCAAUGGCUGCAUUUGCUGGUAUGUGUGAUGGAGGUUCACCAGAUGAUGGUUGCGUCGCAGCAUCCCGAGACGACACGACUAUCAACGCACUCGAUAUAUUACACGACUCUGGAUAUGAUCCAGGACGAGCACUUCAAGCUCUUGUCAAGUGUCCAGUCCCCAAAGGCAUCGAUAAAAAAUGGUCCGAGGAAGAAACUAAACGAUUUGUCAAAGGUCUCCGUCAAUUUGGCAAAAAUUUUUCACGUAUACGUAAAGAUUUAUUACCCCACAAAGACACACCAGAAUUGGUUGAAUAUUAUUAUUUAUGGAAAAAAACACCAGGUGCAAAUAAUAAUCGUCCCCAUAGACGUAGACGUCAAGGUUCAUUACGACGUAUACGAAAUACACGUAACUCACGUGCGGGUACUCCUAAAGAGGAGACACCCACUGUUCAAACUAAAGAAAAUAAUACACCAGCAAACACGACGAGCGCUAAGGAAGCAACUACCGAGCCGGAAACACCGUCUGUCGGUGCUUCGGCAAGUAGUAAUAACAAUAAUAGUACAAGUACUAAUAAUAAUAAUAACAAUAGUAAUAAUAAUAAUCCGGGCGGUGAAGUUAGUUCUGUGACAGAGGACGAUAAUUCGGAGGAAGACAGUGAUUCGCGUGAUACAAAUACCAACGGUUCGGCAUUUGAACGAUCUUGUCAGCAUUGUUUUUCAACAACAUCUAAAGAUUAUCAGAUUGCUGGUAAAGAUAGACUAUUACUUUGUCUGGAAUGUCGAUCACACUUGAAAAAAACAGGAGAAUUACCUCCAGCACCGCCUUAUCUAUUUCGACCUGUACCUGCAGAAUCACCGGACAGUCCCGGUAGAAUGCGGACACGUAAUAAAGCUAAAGAAACACCACGUCCAGCACGACCACGUAGAACUGGAGGUACUGAUACUCCGGAUCAAGAAAAACAACAGCAGCAGCAACAGCAACAACAACAGCAAAAUCAACAGACACCUGACAAGAAAAAGAAGUCGACGAAAUCAGAGACGCCGAAGAAAACACAAAAGAGGCCGCAAAUUGAUGAAAACGACGAAGAUAAAGAUUCACAAAAACGCAAACGUGCUGAAAGUCCAUCGGAAUCUCUGACGACUGACUCAAACUCGCUGAUGGAUGAACCAGAGCGUGAAAACGAAGUUGAUUCCAAUGAGAAUCAACCGUCCUCAAAUGUACCGGUUGUUAAUGAAGAUCCUUUCUCACCAGAAACAACACCUGAAGAAUCCUCAGAAACUACGCCGGUAUCUACACCUAUUCCUCCGCCGGUAAUAACGAAUUUACCUAUAAAUGUUCCUGUUAUUCAUGUGCUAGAGAAAAAACCAGUCAUUGAAGAGUCACCACCUGAAAUUAAAACAGAACCUGAAGACUUGAUGAAUCAACAACAGCAGCAGCAGAUGCAACAGCAUCAACAACAACAACAGCAGCAGCAACAACAACAGCAACUGCAACCAGUCCCAUUGAAACUAGAACCACUUCCAACAGAGGCUGAAAUGUCUCCAGUAAAUGAGGAAAUAAAAUCGGAACCUGAUUUGCAGCCUCAAAAUUUAAAUAUUAAUCAACAACAUCAACAACAACAACAGCAGCAACAACAACAACAGCAGCAACAACAACAACAGCAACAACAACAACAACAGCAUCAGCAACAACAACAACAUCAGCAACAACAACAGCAGAUGCAGCCGCAACCGAUGAUAAAUGAUUUAAGUCAAAAUAUGCCAAGAAAUUUAUCACAACCAAUGAGCAAUCCAAUAAUUAUUCCUCAAAGUAUACCUACGGCAUUGCCACCACCACCACCAACUCAAUUACCACCUCAACCUCCUCAGGGUCUUCCUCUUAAUAUGCAAUACUCAGGUAGUAUACAAGCCGCUCAAACGGUACCACAAAAUCUCUCGCAAAAUAUAUCGAUACCACAAAAUAUUCCACAACCGAUAGCUCAAAGUUUAGCGGCAUCGCGUGAUAUGAUCCAACCACCAAUGACGAAUCAUGCAGAACCACAGCCUUUGGCUCAGAGUAUACCCGUACCACCGUUGAAUUUAAAUAUACCGCAAAAUUUAUCUCAAAUGUCACAAAUGCCGCCUUCGCCACAACCACUUGGUCUUACGGUAAUGCCUACGGAUAAUCGAAUCAAUGAACGACUCAAUGAUGACAGGAUACCAGAACGUAAAUUAUUUGAUCGUAUAGCUGAUAGAUUACCUGAGAGAAUGGAAAAUAAUGACCAUCAUCAUCAUCAUCACCAUCAUCAACAACAACAAGAUCACCAAGAUCGUCCGCCACCGGAACCGGUCAAUCUUUUCCAGCCAAUUCAACCGCCACCGCCGAUGAUUAACGAAAAACCACCAGCAAUUUACAGUCUUGCCACAACACCGCCAAUGGAACCGCAGAACUUAAAAAUAAAACAAGAAAUCAUUCAUCCAGAGCCGGAUCCUCUCCAGAGUCUUAAAGAAGUAAAAGUUCCUGGAUUCCAAGGCGGUUUUCCAGGUCCGAGCUUAGAUAAUAUUAAGAAAGAUCCAGAUGCGAGUAAACCUCCAACGCCGAGUAAACACUCGAGCCAACAGCCUCUGGCUCAACAGCAGCAGCAACAGCAACAGCAGCAACAACCUGUACCAAUACAACAGUCAAUAGCAGCAUCUCCAACACCACUACCUCCACCUACGUCAAUUCCCCAGCCUGUAAUGCACCCAAGUCAACAACCAAGUCCCCACAUGGCUCAUCCGUUCCAUCCUCACCAUCCAUUGAUGCAUCAUUCGCUAUUUGCCGCAAUGCAUCCUUAUCAUGCUCAUGCUUACCCGGGUUACCCACCAGUAAGUGGUUACCCAUCGUUUCCUCCUUACCCUUACGGACCACCAGUUCCUCAUGCCAUUCCUCCGCCAUCUCCACAACGUAGCCAAGAAAGUACGACAAUGAUGACUGCCCAUCACUCGAGUUCGAGCUCUAGUGUAACCACGCGUGAGGAAGGCGAAAAUCUGAUAGCAACUCAUCAUCAUUCUUCGUCCAGUCAUCAUCAAGCUGCUACGCUGCAUCACGAUAAAUUACUCAGUAUUUCAUCGCAUUCGUCGCACAGUCAUUCAUCAUCGCACAGCAGCUCACAGCACAAUAGUCAACGUAAACAGCAGCAACCACCACCUCAAAUGGUACAGCAACAAGGAUGUUUGACGCCAUCAAGUGCAAUGCAUCAUCAUCAUCGUGGGCCACCGUCAUCUGUACCACCCAGCAUACAGCAACCACCAAUUAUUGAACCUAAAGUUGAAGAAAUGAUGGAACCAGAGCCAGAAGAAUCACCAAGUCCACGUGGUCCGUCACCCGAACCGCGUAUCGAAGAUUCCGAGUGUCAUCGUUCACAGUCAGCGAUAUUUUUACGUCACUGGAAUCGCGGUGAAAAUAACAGCUGUACUCGUACAGAUCUUAUGUUUAAACCAGUGCCUGAUUCUAAAUUAGCACGUAAGCGGGAAGAACGUUCACGUAAACAAGCAGAACGUGAACGCGAAGAACGUGAUCGUGCUGCUCAGCAAGCCCGUAAAAUGUCAACGCCUGAAAAACAACCUGAAGUUUGUAAACCACCGAGUCGUGGACCAAUGGAACCAGUUGUGUCACCUUACGACAGGUACGCAGCGACGCGUCCAAGUUCAUACACAGACACACCGGCAUUGAGGCAACUAUCGGAAUACGCGCGUCCUCAUGCUGGUUACUCGCCAGCUCGACAUCCUGGACCACCAGAUCCAAUGUUACACUACAUGUACGCACCUGGUGCACGUGAAAGGCUUGAACUUGAACAUAUGGAGCGCGAAAAGCGUGAGCGAGAGAUUAGAGAAUUAAGGGAACGUGAACUGAAUGAUAGAUUGAAAGAGGAAUUGAUGAAAGGAACGCCUAGACCUAUGCCAGCACCUGUUGAUCCCCAUUGGCUUGAAAUACACAGGAGAUACGCUGCUGCAGGACUAGCCCCUGGACCUUCCGGACCACCUCAGAGUCUUCAGCAUCUUGGGUUCUACGGUGCGCCACCUGGUCCGAGUCAGCUAGACCGCGAACGUAUGGAACGACUAGCGGCGGCUGGUGCUAAUUACCCACGACCAGGAAUGAUGCAACGUGACCCAACACUUGGAUUACAUCCAGCGGAAUUAUUAUCACGACCUUAUGCUGAUAUUGCAGCGGCGGCACAUCAUGAACAACUACAACGUCACUUGAUGAUGGAACGCGAACGCGGAUAUCCUCCAAGUCAUGCGUCUUUAGUUGCUCAUCAUGAAGAAUACUUAAGAAAUUUUUAUUAUAGACAACAACGUGAACGUGAGUUAAAAGUUCGUGCAUUAGAAGAAGCAGCUCGUGGAUCACGACAAUGAAAUAAUUAUUUUAGUUAAAAUAUAUUUAUAUAAAUAACAAUUUAAAUAAUUUAUAUUAUGAUUAUUAUAUUGAUAAAAAUAGCAAUUAUUUAAGUAAUUCGUCCUGGAAUACUAGUAUGAAUUUUUAUUUGUUUUUUAUUAUUUAGUUAACUCAAUUUAUUAAUUAAUGCAUUAAUAAUAGAAAUAGGAAUGAUUAAUGAUAAUUAUUAACCAUAAUUAUAUUUUUUUCUAAGUAAUUAUUUUUAAAUAAUUAAUAAUACAUUUUUUAAUAAGUUUUUUUUUUACGUUUUUUUUGUUUGAAUAAAAAAAUGUUUUAUUCCAGGACGAAGAAAGUGCGAAUUUUAAUUACAUGAGUUACUUUUUUUUUCUUGAGGAAAAAAUGAAAUAAAAAAUUUGACUAUUUACUUAUAAAUAUAAAUAUAAAUUUUAGUAUAUAUUUAUAUAUACAUAUAUAAAUAUAUGAAUAUAAAUAAAUAUAUAUUGAACGUUUCAUUGGCUAAAACAAACUAUUUUUAGUUUAUGAAACGUUGUGUAAUAUUGUCCAUUGUAAAUACGGAGAAAAAAAAUAAUGAAAUGAAAGAAAAAAAAAAUAAACGAGAUCGCGGAAGAAAGAGAAAGAAAAUAAAUAGAAUUUCAUAGAUAAAAAAAAGUAAAUAAAUAAAUAAAACAAAUAAAAACUUUUUUAAAUAAAUUAAUUAGUAUAAAUAAUAGUAUUUUUUUUAUGUCAUUUUUAAGUGUAGAAAAAUUUUAACUUUUAUGGCAAUUAAAAAUAAAUUAUUAAUAAUUACAAUAAACAUAAAAAAAAUAUUAACGUAAGAUAAUAAAAAUAGUAUUGAAUUUAA